AUGAAGGAGGGCAAGUACGCAAGCGCAAGCGAACUGCACAGCCCCACGCCUCAGCCUCGAGGUCUACAGGCAAGGCAGGGAGGCAGCACCCCAGGCUUCUGGUCGCAAGAGGAGGGGAGGAGCUUCUUCUCUGCUUUUGGAAAGUGCAACGGACCCAGCGCGUCAAAUUGGCAGAAGGUGGCCAAGGCAGUCAGCAGCAAGGAUGCGGCAGCCUGUGAAGCAUUGUACCACCGCUUCCAGACCUAUCUAUCUUUGCCCAGGGACCUGCAGAACCAGACGGUGUUCCUGGCCCUCAUCCGGGACAUGCACAACCAGGUCACCAAUGGGGACGAGAGUGGCGCGACACUCAGCGCUGGCGGGAGCGGUGGUGAGGGGGAGGCAUCGGAGGGGGGCACCAGCAUGCGGCUGCAUGCGCCUCCGCGCGCACGGCGUACACCCCGAGCGCCGGCCCCUUCCAUCAUGCGAUCGGGCGGACGGGCACAGGGGGUGUCGUUGCGCAGCCCUGAUGUGCUGACUCCCUCCCAGAAGAAGAGGGAUGCUGAGGAGGAAGAUGUGGAUGUCAGCACGCACACGUCUUGGGGAGGCCGCGGCAAGCGCGGGGCGGUCCCCGCUAUUGCUUUGGAGGCGCCCUCGGCCAAGCGCAGACGCGUGCAGGCGCGGCUGCAAUUCUACGACGAUGCACCCAGGGAGACGCGGCGGAGGGGCCUGGUGGACGCCGGGGAUGCAGACGGUGCGGAUGCGCUCCUUUCUCUGGCCGCUCUGGCCAAUGAGGCAGCCAACAUGCCGCUGCCGCCGCUGCCGGAGCUGGCCGCCAGGGAGCUGGAGUCCAAGCUCAACGACCUGGCCGCGCAGGCGGCAGAGCCGUCCUCUGCUCUGCGCGACCGGCCCAAGCGCGCCAGCAAACCGCCCCCUCGAGCAGACGAGUCUCCGCCGCCGCCGCCGCCAAGCGUGCGCAAGCCUCGCGCGGAGGCGUCCGCGUCUGCCAGGAAGAAGAGGGAUGAGGCCAGGAGGGAGGAGGUCAGCAGGGAGGAGCCCAGCAUGGAAAGGGAGGAGGAGGAGAGCCCCCAGUCGGAAGGGUCCCCAGAGCCGGAGCGGCUCGGCCGGGGGCAGCGCGCCACCCGAGGCCGCGCCACCUGGCGCCGACGCGCAGCGCGCGCAGAGGACUCAUCCAGCGAUUUCACCGAACCAGAGGAGAGCAAGUCUCCGCCGCCCCGAAAGCCCAGCAACAAGUCGCGCAGCGGGAGGAUGUCCAACCUGUUCAAGAACGGCAACCAGGGAGCAAAGACAAGUGCUGACGAGAGUGGGGCUGCAAAGGAUGCUGCAGACGAUGACAUGGCGGCUUCAGACCAUUUCUGGCAUGGCCUGGGCAAAAAGGAUCCGACGCCGCGGGUGCGCCGCCGCAAGGCGCUCCCCGAGAAGAUUCCUCCCAUGAUGUCGCCCAUCAAGUCCCUGUUUGGACGCCGGACCAAUGCUGGCCUGAUGCUGGGUCUGCCUGGCCACACCGCCGCCCCAGGAGGCCUUCCUGGUGUCUGCUUCCCAGGCAUGGAGGGUGAGGAGAAUGGGGUGCCUCCUGGGGAGCCGGAGCUGAAGCUGCGCAGAUGCCUUGAUGCUCGCACGCGGCGCUGGGCGGCAGCAGAGUUCUUCUACAGCGGCCUGGACCGUGCAUGGUUCAUGCAGACUGAGCUGCCGGAAUUCUUGCGGCAUGUGGGCAUCCCACAUGGCACAAAGCUGACAAGGACCGAGUGGGCAGCGCUGCGAGCUGGGCUCGGUAACCCUCGGAGGCUGUCUCUCAACUUCCUGCGCGAGGAACGGGGGCGGCUGGAGGCGUUCCGGGAGUCGGUACGGCGCAAGUACCAGGAGGUGGGUUACAACACUGAGGUGCCUGCCGAGUUCCCGCGCCAGCUGGCAGUGAGUCAGCGCGUGACUGCCCGCCACCCUGUCACUCGCCAGCUGCACGACGGAGACAUCCUCACCAUCGCACCAGACUGCUAUAGGGUGCAAUUUGAUCGCCGCGAAUUGGGUGUGGAGCUGGUGAAGGACGUGGAUGUGAUGCCCAUCGAUCCCCACGAGUCGCUGCCAUCAAGCAUCCAGCUCACCACGGCGUCGAUGCUUUUGAACGGCCGGCGUGCGCUGGCGGGGGGCCCUGUUGUGAAGAAGGCGCAAAAGGUGUGGCGCAGCGACAGCGGCGGCCUGCGCGGCCCGGCGGCUGGCCGCGCCCAGCAGGAAGCCCGUGCCGCCGCGGCAGCCGCCGCCGCCCAGCAGCAGCUGCGCUCCGAGGCCGACGUGCGCGCCCUUGUCGAGGUGUCCACUGUGCUGGACCGCAAGGAGGCAUUGCUGAUGCAAUUGCGCACCAUGAACGACGAGGCGGAGACAGGCAUGCAUGUCAACAGCUCUGGCAGGCACACAGAGGCAUUCCAGGCCGCCUAUGCCAAAGUGGUGAACGAGGUGCUGGAGGCUUCGCUGGGCCAGCUGCAGGCACGCAACAAUCCCCAUGCAGAGGCUGUCGCGGCCGCGCUCAACAGGACAGGAUCCACCGAGCGACCGGGCUCCUCCCUCAUGCUGCCCACCUCGCCUCUGCGCGCUCGCGCUGCCGAAGCAGCCGGCGCCUCACAAGGCGGCCAGGGCGGGGUGGCGCAGCAGAGGUAUUCCAAUGCGGAGGCUGCGUGGCAGGCUGCCUGGAAGGAGGGGCGGCGGCUGGUGCAGAUCUACCAAGCCGAGCUCAACCAGGGCACCUAUAACGCCGGAAGGCUGGCCGCUGAAAAACAAGCAAACGCAGACGGGUCCGCAGCCCAGGCUGACAAAGCCGAGCCGCAAUCCAUAGCCCCAGGUGCUGACAAGGCGCCGGCAAAUGGCGACCCCACGGAAGCAGCAUGGCUGUCAGACCUGGUCAACGGCUGUGUCUCCAUGCUCAUCACCGUGCACCAGUGCACUGAGAGCGAGGCAUCAACAGCGUAUGUCCAGAAAGCACUGGAUUCUGCGCUGGCCUCUCUGACACCGCGAGCAGCCGCCAAUCGCCCCUUCUUGGCAGACAUCCAGAACAGUGUUGACCUGCUGAAGCAGCACCUCAUCUACUAG